AUGUACCAACUCAGACGCUUUCUACGGCAAACCGGGUCGACCUACACACGCGUCGAUAAUGACCCGGAAUCGUCGCUCUCAGGCCGCUAUUCAUCUCGCCGCCCUCUAUGGAGUCGGCUGGUGAUGCCCGUCAUCUUCGUUGUCGCUCUCUUCGCGGUGCUCGCUGGACUUGCAUCGUUUAUGGGCUCCCCCAUUACCCCUCCCAAAUCGAAACCAGCGAAUACUGGAAUUCCCGCUCCACCGCCCAUUCCACCACCGUCUCCACCUGAGCCUCCAAAAGAAGCAGACAAGGAAUCGGGCCCACCAUUGGCAACGAACCCCGCCGCUGCAGCCUUAUACGCUCUCCGCUCUCGACAAUCUGCGACUCUUGCCCAGGCUUCCUCGCGCUACACCCUCAAGACCGGCCGUAUACCUCCCCCAAACUUCGACAAGUGGUUUUCAAUGGCCCAGAAGAAACAUUGCUUGAUUGACGACUACGACCAAAUACAACGCGAUUUCGAGCCGUGGUAUCAACUGGCUGCGCAAGACCCUGAGCAUUUCAACGGUAUGGUGGACCGGGGUCGGCAGCUGAUGAAGAUAAACUCGAUGGGAAUGACUAUUAUCAAGAUUCAAGAUGGGAAGGUGCAUAUGCCAACAUUUCAAGGGACUUCGUUCGACGGCGACUGGCCACGAACGCUGGGCAGGUUUGCCUCUGUUCUCCCCGACAUGGAAUUCCUUUUGAAUGGUCGAGACGAGCCACGAAUCGUAUUCGACGUCCGAGCGCCCGAUGCUAUCCAAGAGGCGAUGAAGUUAAAGGACCCAAAACCAUUCCACAUCGCACCGAAGCCGACUGCAGAUUGGUUCAAGGAAAGAAGUGGCUGCAAUCCCUCGAGCUCUCCCAAAGGCUUCGGAAUGGAUGGCAGCGCAGACAUUGCUUUUCUGCGUUCUUCAUCGAGCUCCGACUUCACCACAGAUUUAUGGCCAUUGUUAAGCAUGACCAAGCUCAGUCCUUGCUUCUCUGAUAUUCUAUUCCCUGGGCAGUACUUUUACGACGAGUCAUGGUGGUCCGGAAGCUUCAGCCAUCCCAAUGAUGUCAAGUGGGAGGAUAAGAAAGCCAAAAUAUAUUGGCGAGGAAUGUCCAACGGCGGUCAUAUCAUUGGGCAAAACUACCACAGGUUCCCUCGUUUCCGACUGAUCACCAUCGCGCGCAACCAUUCGGACCUCAUCGACGCCAAGAUGACGCAGUUCGCGGAGACACACUGCACAGACAACUGUGAACGCAACAAGAUCAUUGAAGAAUACGACAUCACGGGACCGAAGUCUUCAAAAGAAGAAGUCUACAAGUUCAAAUACCUUCUCGAUGUGGAUGGCAAUACCUUCUCGGGACGCUACCUGAGCUUGCUGCGGUCUGGGUCUCUGGUAUUCAAGUCGACCGUCUACGACGAGUAUUUUAACGACUGGCUGCUGCCCUACGAACACUAUGUUCCCGUGUCGCCCGACCUCUCUGAUCUUGUCGACAAAGUGCAGUGGGCAAUCGACAACGAGGCCGAGGCACGUAGGAUUCAAGAGACGGGUCAAUUGUUUGCGGAGAAGGUCAUGACGGACGACCAAAAUGAUUGCUAUUUUGCCAUGGUUCUUCUUGAGUGGGCAAGACUACAGAACAAGGCCAAAAUUCACUAG